AUGAAGCCCUUUCCCGCGCUAUUUUCAAACCUCAAGUCCGCGGGAAGCCUUGUCCUUCAUCCUUCUCCUCAAACCCUCAAACCCACCACCAAAUCAACCCUCCCUUCAUGGAACUCCAUCCUUCUCGAUCUCAUCCACCGCAACCAAAUCAAUGAAGCUCGCCAUGUCUUUGCCCAAAUCCCAUCUCCUGAUCUCCGUCUAUGCACCAUGAUGAUCAAUGCUUACUCUCGAAACAACCGCAUCCAUGAUGCACUCAACCUGUUCGACCAUAUGCCUCACAGAGACGCUGCCUCUUGGAAUUCCAUUAUCAAAGGUUGCUUAGACUGCGGCGAGUUAGCUCUUGCACAGAGGGUUUUUGAUGAAAUGCCGGAGAAGAACGUCAUUUCUUGGACCACAAUUGUCGAUGGGCUUGCGCGGUUUGGUCGAGUUGAUGCCGCAGAAGACUUGUUUUGGAGGAUGCCGAAGAAGGAUAGUGCUGCGUGGAACUCGAUGAUUUCUGGUUAUUGCUGCAAUGGAAGAGUUCAUGAUGCACGGUUGUUGUUUGAGAAGAUGCCGCUGCGGAAUGUGAUAUCUUGGACUGCAAUGAUUGGUGGGUAUGAUCAGAAUGGAGAGAGUGAUGUGGCGUUGCGUCUCUUUUGCGAAAUGUGCGCUUCUGGUGUCCAGCCUACAUCAAGCACUUUUGCUUGUGUUUUGGCUGCGUGCGCUGAUGCGUUGGAUUUAUGUUUGGGUAUGCAGCUGCAUUCGUAUCUUGUGAAAGCUGGUUAUCUGUGUAAUACUUAUGUUUCGACUUCUCUUGUUACGGUGUAUGCAUGUUGCAAGCAGAUUGAGAGUUCGCGCCAAUUGUUCUAUGAGAACGGACAUAGAAAUGUGGCCUCAUGGACGGCCCUGAUAACUGGUUAUGGUUUGAAUGGUAAGCAUUUUGAUGCUUUGGAUGAGUUUCAAAAAAUGAUUUUGCAUGGGACAACACCUAAUCAAUCGACGUUUACGAGUGCCCUGAACUCUUGUUGUGGACUUGAGGCUCUUGACAGAGGAAGAAAAAUUCAUGCAAAAGCAACUAAGCAUGGAUUUGAUAUUGAUGUCUUUGUGGGGAACUCUUUAGUUGUCUUGUACUCAAAAUGCGGAGCUAUAUAUGAUGGGCUGAAGGUUUUUGAUAUCAUGGAGGAGAGGAACCUGGUGUCAUGGAACUCUGUUAUUAUGGGGUGUGCGCAAAAUGGGUAUGCAUUGAAUGCUCUGAAGUAUUUUGAUUACAUGGUGUAUCACCAUGUACAACCUGAUGAGAUCACAUUUAUUGGGUUGCUGACUGCAUGUAGCCAUUCUCGAAUGCUUGAUAAGGCGAGGCAAUUUUUUCAACGCUUGAGGGAGGAUCCUUUAGUCAAUACGAAGCUUGAGCAUUAUGUCUGCAUGGUUGAUGUUUUAGGUCGUUGUGGGCAGUUGGAUGAAGCCGAAGAGUUUAUUAAACACAUGCCGAUGAAGCCAAAUGCAACAGUCUGGCUAGCUUUGCUCAGUGCCUGCAGAGUUCAUUUAAAUAUAGAAGUUGCUCGAAGAACGGCCCAAACCAUCUUUGAUCUGGAGCCUCACACUAGUGCAGCUUAUGUUUUACUGUCCAAUAUAUAUGCUUCUGCUGGCAGAUGGAAUGAUGUCGCCCAAAUUCGUGUGAUGAUGAGAUGCCGAGGAAUUGUGAAGUUGCCAGGAUAUAGUUGGAUUACUGUCAAAGAGUCUAGACAUGAGUUUGUUUGUGGGGAUAGAACUCAUCCUAUGAGCAAAGAGAUAUAUAAGAAGUUGGAAUGGUUGAGUGGUAAGUUAAAAGAGUGUGGUUUUGAAUCCGAUAAGAGAUACGCCUUGCAUGAUGUUGAUGAUGAGCAAAAGGAGGCUGCAUUGGCCUACCAUAGUGAAAAGCUCGCUGUCACCUUUGGCCUUCUCAGUACAGUAGAGGGUAGCACAAUAAGGGUCAUGAAGAACCUUCGGGUAUGUGGUGAUUGCCACUCUGCUAUAAAGAUGAUAUCAAAAAUUGUUGACCGUGAGAUUGUUUUAAGAGAUUCAACUCGUUUCCAUCACAUGAGAGAUGGGUGCUGUUCUUGUGGAGAUUGCUGGUAGUUCCUAUUGGAUAUGAUUUGAUAGUCUAAGAUGUUGAAAAAUUUAUCCAAUGAGAGAAAGUAUGGAGUAUGAAUGCACAAAGCUUACCUGGGAUUUCUAUAUUGGUCAUUACAUGGAUAAGGAUCACAAGUUGUUACCAUAAACCCUGAAACUGACAUCCACAAGUCCUUGUCAUGCUGAUGUUUCAAUAUCAACAUUAUCUGAACUAAUUCAAAUGAUUCCAGCAAUAAGUGCAUGGAACUCAGGAUAUCCCUCAGAGUUUAAUGUUUCUGCUACUUGCUGGAUAACCAAACUGCAUAAGUAAUAUACACUAUAGAGAGAUUCUUACUAAAGUAAAGAACACUUGGUCGAAUUUCCGAGUUCAGCCCAUCAUACACGAAACCACCGAAAGAGUACUGGUUGAAGUGCAGUAGAGAAGGGUAAAAGAUAUAGCUCACAAACACAAGCAAAAUAUGGGGACUGGAAGGUGAAAUACAUCUUUUGCUUCAAAAAUAAUUAUUCAUUGAUUAUCAAUACUUGUUAUACUCCCCAUCAUAUUAGCACUUAAUCUUAAGCAGUGAAAAAUUUAUCAUUAUAUAAUGUUUAGAGGCCUAGAAAACACGGCUUUGACACGAGUAUUUUUUGCGUAGUUUCUGUUGAUGCUUUGAUAGUA